UCUGUUUAUUGCAGAGACUCUCGAGACAGGCUGGGACAGCAGCGUUUCUGUCGGCAGGGUGUUGUGUGUGUGCCGACAGGCAGAGUCAGUCACUGAGUCUUGUGUGACCAGCAUGAGAUGUGGAGCCUCUCUGAGGAGAAUUUCUUGAAUCUGUUGACUCUUGUGGCUGGAGUUUUUCAUUUGGGAGGAGUCUCUCUCCCGUGUCUGCCUUCUCUGUAGCAAGCAAAAGUGUCAAGAAGACUGUUGGCCAUUACAGCAUUGUGUGCUGAAAGUAUUUUUGUGACAGAGCAGAGAAUACACAUCACCAUUUUGCAAAGGAGACAAUAAUCCUGAGAGAGGCUUUCAUUGCCUGCUGAUCUCAGGUGGGGAAACUGCAUUUUUCCACUGGCUGCUGGGCUGCCCAGGAGAGUCUGAGAUUUGACUCUCUGCUUCUCUUUUUAAAUUCUUACCACAACUGACAAGGUCUGAAGAAAGAGGUUAAUCUGAGGCUCUAAUUGUGACAGGACAACCUUGUAUUCCUCUUUCACCCAGAUCUGAUAACUUUAUCAAAACAAUGCAAAAUUUUAGAGUUGAGAAUGGGUAAAAAGGCUUUGUCCAGGAUUCACAAAUGACAGUAGCAGUCACAGAUGAUUUUUUUGCUUCAACAUAUACAUAAUUUCUCUUUUGACUGUGUCUGGUUCAUAGAUGUUACUGUCUCCCUUUGCAUGUUGGACUCUGCUGCUGUGGAAGAAAAAUGCACUGUAAAGGCAGAUGAACCAGAAGAAAUUAAAAAGUCUACCAGUGUUGGAUUUUAUCAAGAAAUCCGGUUCUGUUACCAGUUUUCCAUGUGUUUGAGUCCUAUGUGAAAAGCACGUGUGGCUGGGCUGCAAGAGCAAGACAGCAGGAUGUUGUCGAGACCAAAGCCUGGGGAGUCUGAGGCAGACCUGCUGCGCUUCCAGAACCAGUUCCUGGCAGCCAGAGCUUGUCCUGCAGUGAAGAUUGUGAAGAAGGCAGACAAGAGGAAAGGGAAGGAAGGGAGCACAGGUGUUGAGAGACCACCUCUACAGGACAGCAAAGAUGUGGUCAUGUUGGAUGGUUUUCCUGAUACUCUCCCUACUCUAACUCCAGCUCCUCCAAAAAAGUCCAAAAGUGCUAGUGUCCACUUUGAGGAUGAAGAUCCAGAGGAAAGAUUGGAGAGUCAUGAUCGACACAUUACAGCAGUCUUCAGCAAAAUUAUUGAACGAGACACAAGUGCACAAGCAGUGACCAUGCCAGUGCCCACAGGAGACCCCUUUCCAAGGACAUUUCACCGCUCUGAGAUAAAAAGUGAGGUGCAGCUGGGAUCUGGAAGAAAAAGCAUCUUUGCACAGAAGAUGGCAGCGAAAAGAGCUGCUGAAAAGGCAGCGACAACUCCCUCUGCUGCCGAGUGCGUGCAAGUAAGAUCAGUUGCUCCGGAUGCCUUGGAUCCUGUGGGAUCCGCGGGAGAGCCACCUCUCUUCAGCAUCAGGGAUGAUAAAGAUGGUGACUUUUUGACCUCUCAGCGUCCUUGUCUCAUAACGGGAGAGGGUCUUGGAAGCCAAAAGAGUGAGCAAGAGGCUCAAGCUAUUCACAAAGAGAACUUGGAGAAGCUGCAGUCCAUGUCUGAAGAAGAGAUCCUGCAGGAGCAGGCGAAGCUUCUGGCUCAGCUGCAUCCCAGUUUAGUUGCUUUCUUGAAAUCACAACGUGGUAACAAUGAAGGCCAGAAAAAGGAAUUAAAAAUGGAACUGAACAGACCGGAGGAGUUUUUGGAAUCUCUGCCUGUGGUGCAGCAUGGUGUAAGAUCAUCCAUGCAGGAGUCAGAUAUGGAAGAACAUGUAAGGAAGGAAGAAAAUACGAAGGUAGAGAUCAUGGAUGAUGAUCUACCUGUGAAGCCCAGGAAGGAGUGGAUUCACAUGGACAACAUAGAGUUUGAGAAGCUGGAAUGGAUGAAAGAUUUGCCCUCACCUCGACAGAGGAAAACCAAAAAGGGGAUGCAAGCUCGAUUCAGUUUAAAAGGAGAAUUGAUUCCUGCAGAUGCUGAUUUGCCAACACAUCUAGGCUUGCACCACCAUGGAGAAGAGGCAGAGAGAGCUGGUUAUUCUUUGCAAGAGCUCUUUCAUCUGUCUCGCAGCCAAGUGACACAGCAGAGGACACUGGCUCUACAGGUAUUAGGUCGUAUUGUUCAAAGGGCCAGGGCUGGAGAGUUUGCUUCCACAUUGAAGGGCAGCAUUCUGCGGCUGCUGCUUGAUGCUGGCUUUCUCUUCUUGCUGCGCUUCUCGCUGGAUGAUGCAGUGGAAAAUGUCAUGGCAGCAUCUGUUGGUGCUCUGCGGGCUCUGCUGGUGUCACUUGAUGAUGAGAAUUAUCUCGACUGGACUUUCUCAUGGUACCAAGGAAUGGCUGCAUUCCCCUUUGUCCCUAACAAUGAGGAGGAAGAAGAAGAGGAAGAGGAAGAGUUAAAUGGAACAGAGAAAUCUCAGGAUAAAAAAUUAAAGGAUGAAAACAAGCCAGACCCAGAUGUGGCCCGAUAUGAUGUUGUAAAGGGACUUUUGAAGACAAGGAUCCAGCACCGGCUGAGGUACAUCUUAGAGGUGGUACGACCCGUUCCAACAGUAGUCCUGGAUGUACUGCACAUCCUCACCCAUAUAGCAAGGCACUCCUCUGAAGCGUGCAGCCAGCUGCUUGACUGUCCUCGACUGAUUGAGACCAUUGUCAGGGAAUUUCUCCCUACUCAGUGGGAUCCCAAAGUGGCCGAACCAGGGUUUUUACUGACCAGUCUCCAUGGAGUUGCUUGUGCCAGUGCUAUGAAGUUCAUCAGGGUGUUGGCAUCUGGAGGCCGAAAUGCAACAGCCAGGCUGCUUAACAAAUUUGAAAUGAAGAGUCGGUUAAGUCGCUUUAUCGCUGAAGACCCUCUGGAUCUGCCCCUUCCGAAGGAGGAGGCCGUGAGGCUGAGCACCGAAGCCUUCCGGCUGUGGGCUGUGGCUGCUGGCUACGGGCAGGCCUGCGACCUCUACAGUGAUCUCUACCCUGUGCUGGUGAGGAUACUGCAGUCCCUGCCCGAGUUGCUCAGCAGGAAGAGCCCUGUGGUUGAGUUGUCUGUGCAGCGAGCUGCAGCAGUGGUUACUCUGUUGACACAUGUGACACAAACAGCAGGAUACACAGCAGAGCUGCAGGCCAAGUUGAGCAGCAAUGACUCAGAAGAUAGUGAGCCAAUUCCACCUCCUCCAGUAGCAUGGAGUCAAGUGUCAGGCUUACAGCCCUUCCUUGAGAGAAGUCUGAAAAAAAUCCUUCCGCAGAUAUCCCAGACAGAAACUUGGCAAACUCUCCAGCCUCUGACCACAGCUUGUGUGAUCUUCUUGGGAGUUUAUUACAGUGCUUACAGCCAACAGCCAUCAGUCAAUCCAGUUGACUGCUUAGAGGAACUGGAACAUUUGACAUCGGAGAUGCUGCUGCCCCUUCUCAGCCAGCCAGCCAUAGAUAGCAUGUGGGAUUUGCUCAGGCCAUGUUCUGCUUUGUGCAACCCUCUGUCCUGUUCCUCGGCACCAGAAUCUGUUGGCAGCAUUGCAUCUCUGAGUUGCACUGGAGGAAAACCUCCUUUGAGCCUGCUUGGCUCCAAGUCACCUUUCCCCUUCCUCACUGCCCUCCUAUUUCUCAUCAAUAACAUCACUCACAUUCACAAGGGCCUGACCAGCAAGUACAGCUCUGUGCUGGGCUUCAGAGGCUUGAAGGAUUAUCUGCAUCAAAGCUGGCAGACUGGACCUCCCUCUGUGACUCCCUCAUCUGCAUGGAUCCUACGCCAUGAAUAUCACCUGCAGUACUUUGUGUUAGCGUUGGCUCGGAGAAUGGCAGGCACUUGUCCGGAUUACACCCAGCAUGCCUCACUCCAUCACUGUGUUGCCAUGGCAUUGCUAAGCCGUCUGUUGCCAGGGAGUGAGCAUCUGGCUCAUGAGGUCCUACUGGAUCUUGCCUUUAAUCCAGAGUUUCUUCCUGAAGGGAAAGCUGGUGGGCCAGAAGCAGCUGACUUCUCUGAUAUUCUGCAUCUGGGUACCAGUGCCAAACUGGUACAGCCUGGCUCGGCAGCAGCAUUUCUUCCCAAGGUUACUCGUGGUGCCCUGCUGAGAGAAUCAUACCAGAAUCUGCCUUCCAUUCGUUCCUGCUACCUCUCUCACUUUGUCCUCUUGCAGCCCACCCUUACGCGUUCUCAGGUAUUCUACCAAGGGCGGAAUUACCUCAUCCAGUCAAUGCUGCUUCCUGAGGUCAGAGGGCCCAUCCUGCCUUCAGACUGGCCGUUCUUUCCACUUAUCAGCCUCUACAACAAAGUGACUAAUGCAGAGACACGUGGGGCUGUACUGAACUCUCUCCCACUUGAUCUCAUCAACACUGUGACCUGGAACCUGCAGUGGGUCUUGUUGCUGGAAACCUGGCGUCCUAAAAUCCUUCAGAGCAUCCCGACUGCUGCCAAACUUGCACGGCUUAUGUGUGUCUUCCUCACUGGCAGUGACCUCUUUCUAGAAGCACCAAUUCACCGCUACACAGCUGCCCUUCUCUCUGUGUAUUGCCAACCCAAGGCCCUGGACUCCCUGAACUUGGAUGCUCCUCUCCCUGGUUUGGCGUCCUUCCAUGAUCUCUAUAUAAGUCUCCUGGAGCAAUUUGAGGGUGUCUCCUUUGGAGAUCCACUCUUUGGAGUCUUUGUUCUUCUUCCUCUACAGAAGCGUUUCAGUGUUCAUCUGCGUCUCUCUGUUUUUGGGGAGCACACAAAUAUCCUGCGGGCGCUGGGAGUGCCGUUACAGCAGUUUCCUGUGCCUCUUGAGCGCUACGUUUCCCCUCCUGAGGACAACCUGAACCUCCUGCGACUCUACUUCCGAACGCUGGUGACUGGUGCGCUGCGCCACACCUGGUGCCCUGUGCUGUACGUGGUGGCCGUGGCUCACGUGAACAGUUUUAUUUUCUCACAAGAAAGCACAACACAGGAGAUAGACGCUGCUCGGAAAAGCAUGCUGCGGAAGACGUGGCUGUUGGUGGAUGAGAACUUGAAAAAGCACCUGCUGUACUACAGACUGCUGAAUGCAGAGAGUCCUCUGGGAUUUGACCUUUAUGAACAGCUCCCUCCCAUGCGACUGAAGUACCUGCAGAUAGUGACACAGAAAGAAAUUACAGAGAGUGCACCAGCGUUAGACUCAUAGCAAAGUACUUGUGCAAGAAGAGGGCCAAGGUGUGAAGAGUGGAAAAGCUCAGUUUAUACUUCACUGAUGAAGUGAAGUGAAAUUACUUGCAGUUCAAAUGGUUUUAGUCUUACCUGGACACUCUUGGGAUCUUUGCCUAGUGAAGCACUGAUAGAAUGCUCCCAGCCCUGCAGAGCAACAUACAUGUUGUCAGGAUAUGACAACAUGUAUUUGUGUGGCCUCUCUCUGAUGGGUGUUGGAGCAUUUUCCUCCAUUCUCCUUCAGGUUGUUCUGCUUCUUCCCAGAGGAGGUGAGAAUGUGUCUGAAAGGCUCUGGACCGUUGAAUAAACUGAAGGAACUGGAAAAGCUGUUUUGUCCAGUCAGGCUGGAAACUGGGUUCUCAAGAUAAUGCCUGUUUUCUCCAUAUCCUCCCAUUGCUUUUUUUGUAUUUUGAAUGGUCCUUUCCUCACACUCUAUACCCUGCAAACAGAAUGACAGUAUGACAGAGAGGAAUCUCAUCCUGAGAGGUAGUUUUUAACAUAUACAUACAAGCAUUUUCUCCAAGAUAGUGUUUUGUGCAUACACUCACUCAGUAACACAGAUGUAUUGUGUUAAACCUUUAAGAAAUAUGAGUUCCUAGUGCAGUGGUACGAGCACUGAAUAUCCUCCCUUGGCUGUCUUUUGGAUGGUCUCUAAAUUGCUUUCUUUUCUCCCUUAAUUUGGUUACAUGUAUAACAAGAUCAAAAAUAAUUUCUUUUCAGGCCAGAAUGCAUGGCAGUAGCUACCCCUCAUUAGAGAAAAAAAAAAAUAGUAUCCGCUUGUUUAAUUAGAAUAUGGAUUGGUUGCCCUCUGAGGGGAAUGCAGUUUAAAUUUUGAAGUGGAGUUUCCUAGCUCAAACCUAAUUUUAAAAAUGUCUAAUUUGAUCCCACUUCUACAUCCAGAUUCUGAAUUGCAGCCUCAGACACAAAGGCUGUGAAUAUAGAUCCCUAAAAGGCUCAUUCCAAGUGCCACAUCAAGUCCAGAAUUUUCUCUAGGUAUAUGAUCUCACUGGAUGUUUUCUUUAUACUUUCACAUGGUCACUCUGGCAGGCUUUUCUUUGGAGAACUUGACUUUUAUGAAAAAAACCUUUUAAAGAGAUUUCUGAUGUUUUUAUGAAUAAAUUGCUCUGGAGUUUGCAGGGUGAUGCCUGGUCUGAGGAGCUCAACCUCUGUUUUUACCUAUCAAAGCGGUCAAGCUAGCUUCCCUCUGAAGAAACCACAGCUGUAAUUAACCUUGCUCCACUGAAUGUCCCAACAGGAAUAUGAAUCAGUGUUAAUAGGCCCACUUUUAAUGUCUGCAAUUGUUCAUACAAGAAACAAAUUCCAGACAGCAACUCAAAAGAAUCAAAGAAUCAUUGAGUUUGGAAAAGACCUUGUGUCCAACCAUAAUACAAUAUCUUUCUUUCACCUGACAGUCCCGUGUUGCUGCCCCCUCAAAUGUCUGCAUAAUCACAUAGGGUUUAGGGAAUUUGUGACUGAUGCUUUGUAUUGGCAGUUUUCUAAGUGUUCCAGUCCCCUUCCUUAGGUUGCCAGAAAAUAGUCAGUUUCAUCUUUCUUUCCCUUAUUUUAGAGAGAAAAUGAGCAAAAGUGAUACUUCCUCCCAGUCUCUUUUUCUUUUCUUCCCUUUUGAUCUGUGGUUUCCAUCUGCAGCAGAUCAAUGUCAUGUAAAAUAACAAAAGCACAGCUAACAGGAUUCUUUUUUAUUGUUGUUAAUUACUUUAAAAGUAUUUGAUGUGAUUAAAAGUUUAAUCAAAGUCAUUCAAGUUUUAAUCUGUCUAGAAGGUGAGAGCCCAGCAGUUGUCUUUCAGAGAAUGAAUGGUAAAAUUUAAGGACUCCUAGCUGCCCAUUUAAGAGCAGCCUUCAAGGACUUUACCUUUCGCUUUUCAGUCCUCCAGUUAUAAAAUCUCUUCCAGUCCUUUUGGAAUGCAAAGUUGAAUUUUGUAAUGUGUACAGGAUGUAAAUAAAUAUUUUGAUAGCUCUGCAGGUGUUCUUUGAAUUAUGA